UAUUUAAUUAUAUAUCUUUAAAAAAAAUUUAUUGUGUUAUAAAAAUUUACACAGUACAAAAAUGGAAAGCCAUGACUAAAAAGAAAAACAAUGAACUUGAUCUUAAACUUGAAGAAAGCUGUACUUCUUUAAAAAAGAGAAAAGAAGAAAUAUGGAGAUUUUAUGAGGACAAAAAGAAAGAAAAUGAAUCUGAAGAAGAUAAAGAUUUCUUAUUCAAAGAGGAAUUUUUCAAAAAUACAGAAGCUAUUAAAAAUAGUUUUUUAGAAAUUCAUAGCAGUUAUUUACAAUUUCGUCGGCUACUUCAUAAUGAAAAGUUAAAAAUAUUCGAACUAUGUAGCUCUGUAGAUAAUACCAUGAAAGAAAAUAUCAAAUUAGAAUAUGAGUUAAGUGAAAAUGAAGCCUCUUUAGAAGAUUUACUUAAAAGGAUUGACAGAAUUGAACAAAUGCUAGCUGAAAAAAAGUAUAAAACAUUUUAGAGAAACAGAUCAAAUGCAGGUCUUUAUAAACAAUGGUUUUCAAGAGAUUAGUAUGAAGUGCCAGCAAAAAUGCCAAGUGCUACAUAUUGAAUCUGAAAUGACUGAAAAAUGGAAAAAGAAGUUAAAAUUGUUGUCAAGUGAAUCAAGUAAUUUGAAUAUGAUUAUUACUGCUGAAGAAGAACUAAAUUGAUUAGUUUUAGAAAUUGUCGACAUAAUUCUUUUGCAACUUACUGACUGCUUUGAGCGCAUUCAUACAAAAUCAUUGCUCUUUUCUUUCAUAAUGGGAAAAGGUUUAGUUUUGUUAACUUCAGAAGACUUGACAAAAGCUGUCAAAGAUUGUUGCAAUAAAUAUGAUAAAUUAGAUGCUUUAUGCUUAAUAAAUGAGUUGAAAUUUUUUAAGAAUGAAGCACAAGUUUUAUUUACUGAUUUGGAAAAUAUGUAUCACUGAGAUUUUUCAGGGCAAUGUAAAUUAAGAAUUAUGUAAAACUUAACCUAACACAGUAAUAUGUUAAUGUUAAUUAUUAUGUUAAUAGUUAGUUUACAGGUAACAAUUGCUUCAGGAGAACAGAGUUUUGGUAAAUUAAAAAUUUUAAAAAUGAUUUCAGAUUAAAAAUGAGUCAGAAACGUCUGACCAAUUUGAAGUACUUUAUCAAUAGAA